UUAAAGGAAGAAGAGAUAUUUUUUGUGUCAUAUUAAUUAAUUUGCAUUUUUAUUGAGUAAAUUUCGAUAUUUUAAUUUUAAUAAUCAUAAUCAGGCCAAAGCGAAAUAUUUAAAUAAAAACUAUAUUUCAACAUGAGUUUUCUACGUUACAUAUUGGGGCCAAAGCUCUAUAUGGAAUAUGGCCUCGGAACCACUCAGAAAAUGUAUGAGGCAGGAGGCUUGGAAAAGUUUGGGGAUCAAAUACUUUCAACGAUUAAUUUAAUGUGGAACAUUGGUUUUUAUACUUCACCAUUUUUGGCGACGUUUUUAUAUCGCCGGGGUUAUUUUGUUAUGGACUCUAUAACAACUUUAGCCAAAAUUAGUACCAGUAUUGGUUUAAUUGUCAUUAUUUCAAUGGUAAUGCGUGGUUUGGGUCGUACCCAAUCAGCCUCAUAUACCAAAUUGAUGAAAGCCAUGGAGCUGUUGAGAUCACCCAAAACUGAGGUAGAGGGCAAAAGGGCUUUAAGAUUGUUUGACUAUGAAUUUAAAAGUUGGGCUGUGGAUUUUGAUGUUAAAAGUUUACAAAGUGAUGAUAAGAAAAAUAAAGCCAUGUUAGCUAAGAACUCAACACGCAGCUUUCGUUUGGCCACCAUACCCUGUGAAAUUGCAGCAUAUAUUGCCAUACACUCAUUUGGUAUACGCAUGAUGUAUCCUGGUUCCAUAAAAUUGUUACAGAGCUACAUGAGACCCAUGUUAGUUUCUGGACGUGCAAAAUUGAUCGAAGAAGAAAAUGCCAGAAGAUACAAAGUACGUACUAUUGAUGCUAACGAUAUUGACACUGUAUUUGUAGAUAAUCGCAUUAGAAGCACUAAUGGUAAAACAUUGGUUAUUUGUUCAGAAGGCAAUGCUGGCUUUUAUGAAAUCGGCAUAAUGGGCACACCUUUGGCUUUGAAGUAUUCCGUAUUAGGCUGGAAUCAUCCUGGUUUUGAGGGCAGCACUGGUAAACCAUAUCCAGAUCAAGAUAAAAAUGCCAUUGAGGCUGUGAUACAAUUUGCCAUUUAUCACUUGGGCUUUGCUGUUGAAGAUAUUAUAUUUUAUGGUUGGAGUAUUGGUGGUUACAGUUCUCUCUGGGCAGCAUCUUGCUAUCCAGAGGCAAAAGGAGUGAUUUUGGAUGCCACAUUCGAUGAUGUUUUAUAUUUAGCACAACCACGCAUGCCGGCUAGUUUGUCCGGUAUUGUACGUAUAGCUAUACGGGAAUAUUGUAAUUUAAAUAAUGCUGAGCUGGCUCAAAAUUAUCAUGGACCCAUCAGCUUGAUAAGACGUACAGAAGAUGAAGUUAUAGCUGAAGAUAAUCAACUUGAAACAAAUCGUGGCAACUUUUUGGCUUUAGGUAUUUUAAAAUAUCGUUAUCCUCACAUUUUUAAAACAUCUCAGCUAAAUCGUUGCAAACAAACUCUGGCCAAACCCAUAGAAGUACGAAAUUUAACAACUGCUGAUGACGAUCUGUGCUUGUCCCGUUUAAUUACCUAUGCCUCAGAUCAGGGUAAAAAGUAUCCCAUGGACAUUGGCGAAGACUAUACCGAAGAAGUACGCCAUCAAAUGGCUGAUUUUUUGUUACGCAAACAUUUCCGUGAUUUCAAAUCCACUCAUUGUACCCAAUUACCAUCUGAAUAUUUUAACAUUCCAUUUGAUAUACCAGUGGAACAUGGCUUUGUAUUUACCUAAAUAAAUUUAACUCAGUAAUUACAGCAACAACAACAAAAAGAAGACAGAAAGAAAGAAAGAUGAAGAAAAGCAAGAGAAGAGAAGCUAUGAGUCGAGUUCGAAAUUUCGUACUUAAGAGAAAGGUUUUAUUUUAUGUCUUUAAAGAUUUUAAAAGAUUUUUUUCUUACGAAACAUCGAACCAGGUCUCUUUCUUAUAAAUUAUUAAUAAAUAAGCAUUUUUUUAUUAAUUAUUCAAAUAUUAAUUAAAAUAAAGGGGGUACAAAAUUUAAGAAAUCAUUUAAACGUAAUAAACGAAGAGUAUUUUUAUAACAGUUUAACGUAAUACAGUAUUUUAAACUAAAUACACCACUGUUGUAUUACAGAAAUUAUAAAAAAUAAAGUACAUAUUUGGAAAAGGAAAAUAAAUAAUGAAACUGUAUUUUAAUUUAAACUGUAAUUUUAUUUUAAAAAAAUUAAAGUAAAAUAAAUAAAUGUCUUAAAAACAACCAAAAAAA